AUUCUACAAAUUUCAGGCUUUACUCUUUAAUGUAACUUGAAUGCUCUGAAUAAUUAUUCAAUCUAUCCUCUGUUCCAUUAUACUGGUAAGAACAUUUGAUUUCCAGACAGAGCCUUACUUUUGGAUCAAUUUCUGGAAUAAUCCUUAAGAGGAUGCGGCGUUUGGAGUAGUGAGACAUGCUAUCGACUUCCUAUAUGGUCCAGAAAGAAGCCAGUCACAUUGCUGUAGAUAAUGAGAUACCUUUUCUCAUACCUUUUUGCACCAUCCUCCUCAUUCAUCAGUGCAGAUGUACCUUUUAUAGUGAUAUAAAGGGGAGUGGAAAUUUCUAAAUUCAUGCGUCAUUGCGGUGAUAAUACAUUGAUGCUUGAACUAAUUACUAUGCGUUCUCGUCACCUUCUCAUGAGUUAUGGUUAUAUUUCAAAAGGUUGCAGGAAAUUUUUUUCUCUUUGCUCUAGUGUACGAUAUUUUUUGAUUCAAAAGGGGAGAAGUGUAUGAUUUGAAUGAUUAGAUUGUUCGUCUAUAAAAAUUUCAACUUUAUCUAUUUUGUUAUUGUAGGAACAAACGUCCAGAGUUUACCGCAUGGUUAGCGGAAAUAAAGAAGGUACAUAAUGGCUCUUUAAGCUUAUGCAUGUUGAUCAUCCACGCGGGGCUUGUUGCAGAUGAAUCUGGAAAGCCUGCCAAAUUGGGAAGAGAAGCAAUUAUUCAAGCAAUUCAUGGAAGAUCAUAACACCGCAACCUUCCCUUCUAAAAAAUAUUAUAACCUUGACGCCUAUUACAAACGUAAAAUGGAAAAGGAAAUGAAAAGAGGUGUCAAGAAGGUCGUGGACAAUGAACGUACUGUCUUCAAUGAUGAAGAAAUACGCAGGCAAGAAUUGAUGCGAGAACGUGAGAAGCACAAGGAAGAACAGGUGGAAGCAUUGAAGCGCGAGAUGCAGAGUGGAAUGGCGCAAGCAAUGAAAGAACAAGCUCAAUUAAGAGAAGAGAUGGCUUAUCAAUACAAGCUUGGCAACUUUGAGGCUGCAGCUGCUAUUCAGAGGCGUUUGGACCCCGAUCUCCCUAUGUAGAUGAGGUCCUGCAAAAUUUUGGUCUUGGCUACAACGGACUACCUUAGGUGCAUUUAUUUGAGCAAAUAUGAUUGCAGAUUCAUAUGCAAGUCUGCGCUUCUAUAUUACUAGCUACUACUACGCUAGAUUAGUUAAAAUCUGGUUCAUGUAUUGUUGUGUAAUAUUAUGAUAUUAUCUGCACUCCAUCUUUUUUACUCUGUGCUCCACCAUAAUGCUAUAGUGCCAAAUUUACCUUGCAUUAAGACUGAUGUCGAUUCCUCCUU